AUGAGUUUAGUCAAUACUGUAUCGAAUCCAGGACUUUCACCAACUCUAUGCACUGCCAGCGGAGCAAAUAAUCGUCAAAUAAAAGAUUCCUAUUCAAGUUCACCUGAUAAAGAAAUAUUAGCAUUCAAAGUAUGCAAAACGCAGCGAUCAAAAAGCGAUAUCAUAUUUGUUGCAAUGUGUUCUACACACACACUUAAACAGCUAAAAGAACGAAUUAUUCAUAAUUCCAGUUGGUAUCCUCUCACGUUCAACGAUAUAGUAUUAACAGUAUUCAGCAAUAUAGAAAACACUUGGAUUGAUGUAAAAAAUGAUAACGAUAAUGAACAAUUAUUAAAUCUGAAUUUACAUCAUAACGAUUAUAUUAAUGUCGAAAAAUUAGAAACAAAAUCGAAUCGAUUAAUCACAGAUUAUUCUAAAUCAUCCAUAACUACAAUUUCACAAUCUCAAAAAAAGUUUAAAUUUAAACUUUGUGAAAAAGUUUUUAUGAUGGAAAAUUACAUUGUACUAAUUGAUAUACCAGCAACAUCCACAAUCAUGUGGUUAAAACAAAAAUCGAGUGAAAGAUUGCAACUGUAUAUUAGUAAUCUCUAUAUAAAUUUAUUUGUUUACGACGACGAAAAAAAUAUGUGGACAAAAUUUGAUUCUACUGUAGACGAUUGUACAUUGGAAGAAUUACAUUUUAAAAACCAUAAAUUUAUAUGUAUUGAAACAGAGAAUGAUCAUUCUCGUAUUAAAACUAAAACAAAUGAAAAUUAUCUUUAUACACCCGGUUUAUGUGGAUUAACAAAUAUUGGUAACACAUGUUAUAUGAACAGUGCAUUACAAUGUCUUAGUAAUAUACCUCAAUUAACUGAAUAUUAUCGUAAUUUAUCAGUAACUAAUAAUGAACAAUCAAUUAUCAAUGUUUAUUCUAAAUUAUUAAAACAAAUGUGGUCCGGUCAAUUUUCUUAUGUUAAACCAAAACAAUUAAAAAAUAUUAUUAGUCAAUAUGCACCAAUAUUUACCGAUAAUAGACAAAAAGAUUCACAUGAAUUUAUGAAUUUUUUAUUAAAUGCAUUACAUCAAGAACAAACAUCAUCAAUAAUAAGUCAAUUAUUUCAUGGUCAAAUAGCAUCCACUGUGACAUGUUUAACUUGUCAAAAAAUAGAAAUAAAACAUGAACUAUUUAAUUUUUUAUCAUUGUCUAUAAAUCAAAAACAAAUAUUUGAAAUUCAUUAUUUUCAAUUAAAUGGUAAUCAAGAACAAUUCCUUAUUGACAUAUCAAUUCAACAUACAACAACCAUAUCAAUAUUAAUUGAUGAAUUUAUUUGUAUGUAUAAUCCAAAUUUAAAUAAAGAACAAUUAUUACCAGUUACAUUAGAUAAAAAUUGUAUUAAAUAUCGUUAUAAAUUUUUUGAUUAUUUAAUAGAUAUUACUAAAAAUCAAUUAUCUCUCCUUCAAUUACCAUUAAUAAUCAAUUCAAAUGAACAAACAUAUAUUUCCUGUUUAUUUAUGGAUAUUGAUACAAAAAAUUCAUUUCGUCCACCAAUAUUUUUGUUACGAUCAAAAUAUAUGUGUCGGACAAUAGAUUUUAAACAACAAAUAAAUAAAUUAUUAAAUCAUUUAGAAACAACAAUUAAUAAAUCUAAAAUUGACUAUAAACUCUAUUGGACAAAUCUCUACGGAAAAAAAUUUAAUUUAAAUUUGAAUGAAGAUGAAUUACUAUCGGAUAUUGAUACAAUUACAAUUGGACUUAAAAAUAUAUUGACACAAAAAUAUCAAUUUAAACAGGAUAAAAAAUUUAGAUCAUUAACACCAUCAUUUGUAUCUACAAGUUUAACAUUAGAUAAAUUAUUAGAAAAUUUUUUUAAAGAAGAUUUUCUCAAUGAUGAUUAUUAUUGUUCAAAGUGUAUAAAAAUGACACAAUGUAAACAAAAAUCGAAUCUAUGUCUAACAUUACCACCUGUUAUUAUUAUACAAUUAAAACGAUUUACAUACAAUGAUUAUUCAAAUGAAAAAAUUAAUUCUUUUAUUGAAUAUCCAAUUUAUAAUUUGAAUCUUAAUCAAUAUUUAAUAAAAGAAACGAAUAAUGAUAAAUGUCUCUAUGAUUUAAUUGCUGUUUUAAAUCAUAAUGGAAAUUUAUCUUUUGGUCAUUAUAUAACUUAUGCCAAAAAUAAUAUAACACAACGGUGGUAUUCAUUCAACGAUAGUUAUCUACAAGAAAUUGAGGAAAAGAAUUUGAUAACUGCCGAUGCGUAUAUUUUAGUCUAUAUCAAACAACAAACAAAAUCGUAA